AUAAAAUUUUGACAUGUUAUCCAGAUUUCUUGGGAAGCAAGUCUCUAACAUGUCUGCAAGAAGAGUAAGAGGGACCUCGGCGGACUAUGGCCCAAUCACGGCGAUCGCCAUUGAUAAGGAUAAGAACAGCCAACACGCCUUGAAAUGGGCCGUUGAAAAUAUCAUUAUUGAUACUCCACAAUGUGUCCUUCUCCACGUUCAACUAGGAAACACAGGAGGACAUUUUCAUCAGGACAAUCAGGACGAGGCGCAUCAAUUCUUUCUUCCUUUCAGAGGAUUCUGCGCUCGAAAAGGAAUCAUAGCAACGGAGGUUAUUCUUCAUGAUAUUGACAUCUCCAAUGCUAUUGUCAACUACAUCACCAACAAUUAUUACAUUGCAAAUCUUGUUGUUGGCGCAUCUGCACGCAAUUCCUUCCUCAAAAAGUUUAAGAGUCCAGAUGUACCAACCACUCUGCUUAAGACGACUCCAGAGACUUGUGCCGUCUUUGUUGUGACCAAAGGUAGGCUUGUAAAAAGCAGAUCCGCGAGUCACCCUCAUAAACUUUCCAGACAACAAAAUCUCUCUUCUUUGUUGUACAACACAACAGGCUCCAUUUCCAGUGACUCCGAGAGUGAAUCAUCAUCACCUGUAUCUACACAAACCAACAAACCAAAUUCAGAUUUCUUCCAACCCGAUUCACCUCGCAUAUCACCACCGCCAUCUAUGAGUGAGAUCUCUCAGUCAGAGACUGAUAAUGGCAGUAGUGAUAUGGUAUCAACUGUGAGUUCUUACACCGUCUCUGAAAGUUCCACUACCAUCGGAAGCUCGAUCUCUUCAACGUCAACGGAAAGUCCACAUGCGGGAAAUUUCGUGGAACAACAGAAUCAAAAUCUCGAAGCAGAGGUGAGGAAACUGAGACUGGAAUUGAAGCAGUUUAAGAUGGACAAAGACACUACAAACCAAAACGAAAACUCCCAAGAAAGCCCAAGGUCAGAGGAAAAAAUAGAGCUGCCUAGAGCAUUGUCUGAGAGGGAAAAGCAGAAAAAGCAGUCUGCAAUCCAAGCAACUGAAAUAGCAAAGCGCAUAGCGAAAAUGGAGAGCCAAAAGAGAAGAUUACUAGAGAUGCAAGCCAAUUUGGACAAACAGAAGAUGGUCACUACGGUGUCUUACAGACGUUAUAGUAUCAAAGAUGUUGAAGGUGCAACCUAUGGUUUUUCUGAUGCUCUAAAGAUUGGGGAAGGAGGUUAUGGACCUGUUUACAAAGCUGUUCUCGAUUACACUCCUGUCGCCAUUAAAAUCUUGAAGUCGGGUAUCACAGAGGGACUAAAACAGUUCCGACAAGAGAUUGAGGUUCUGAGUAGCAUGAGGCACCCUAAUAUGGUGAUCCUUCUCGGUGCAUGUCCCGAGUAUGGUUGUCUUGUAUAUGAGUAUAUGGAAAAUGGAACACUUGAAGAUCGCCUCUUCUGCAGAAACAAUACACCCCCACUUUCAUGGAGAGCAAGAUUCAGAAUUGCUUCUGAGAUUGCCACAGGACUUCUUUUCCUUCACCAGGCAAAACCUGAGCCCUUAGUUCAUCGUGAUCUGAAGCCAGCAAACAUUCUACUCGAUAAACAUCUCACUAGCAAAAUCAGUGAUGUCGGUCUAGCUCGCUUGGUACCUCCCUCUGUGUCUGAUAGCUACAGUAACUAUCACAUGACUUCUGCAGCCGGUACAUUUUGUUACAUUGACCCUGAGUAUCAGCAAACCGGAAUGCUUGGAGUGAAAUCUGACGUCUACUCUUUUGGUGUGGUGCUUCUGCAAAUCAUAACAGCCCAACCAGCAAUGGGGUUAGGCCAUAAAGUAGAGAUGGCUAUUGAAAAUAAUAAUCUGAGAGAAAUUUUGGAUCCAACUGUAUCAGAAUGGCCUGAAGAAGAGACUCUGGAGUUGGCUAAAUUGGCUCUGCAGUGUUGUGAACUGAGGAAAAAGGAUAGACCUGAUCUUGCCUUAGUUCUGUUACCAGCUCUGAACAGGCUUAAAGAGUUUGCUACAGAGGAUCAUGAACGUAUUCAGGAUAGAACAUCUCAUGUGUCACAUGAACACAAUUCAGUUCCGCUUUCCCCGAGUCCUUCCUCUCAGAUCAACCAGAAGCUGAAAGUAGCAGUACCUGAGAUCCACGACUAUCUUGAUCCGUCUGAGACCCGUAAUCAUCCCGUACCAAGGAGAAGUCGACCUCCAAGAUCACAUACAAGCCGGUACAAAGGCAAGGGUUGGUCUUUCAUGAGUUGUGCUCCAUCCAGAGUUCAGUGGGGUGAUCUCCCAUAAUGUGUGGGAGUUCCCUUAUCUUUGUAUAUGAAACAUUUUUUUGUUUUGUUCAUGUCAAAUGUUACAAUUUUAAAGAAGACUUGCUUAUUAAUCUAAAGACCCUCGAUCGAAUCAAGAAAAUCAAAUCAAAUGUCGUUU